GCGGCGCGUUUUGCACGCGCGGGUCACGUGGCUGACGCCGCUUCCCAGUGGGCGGCUCCCGCGCACCCGAGGGGUUAAUUGGGGUCACCCUGACUCGGGGAGUCGAGUCCACGAUGGCCCGCGACCCGGCGAGCCUGCUGUGAGUGGCGCCCGCGGCCGCACCGACGAUGGUCGCCGUUUGUCGCCUCCUUGCUGGAGCUCACUAGCGCCCGCGGCUUCUUUGUGACAAACAUGCGCGUCCCGGUCCCGGUCCAAGUCCUGGCCGUGGCCCUCCUCCUGGGCCAUGUGGCCGGGUCCGAAAUGCCUCCGGGUCGCCGCCUGCACCGGCCGCUGAGCGACGAACAGAAGGCCGACCAGAACCUGCAGUUCAUGUUGAGUUUGUACCGCAGCGCGACGCGACCGGGCGGUCGACCCAAACAACACCGCAAGUUCGGAUCCAACACGUUGCGCCUGCUCAGACCCUCCGUGUCGUCGGCGCGCUACAUGCCGGUGUCCAGAGACCACCGCUACACGUUCAGCGUCCAGUACCACGUGGACGUGCUUCCUUCGGAGCAGCUGAUCCGAGCGUCCUUCGUCCACCUGCGCGCUCCGUCCCCCGCCGGCCUCCCGCCGCCCCGCUGCCGCGCCCGCGUCACGUGGCCGGGCGAGGAGAGCCUGGUCGCCACCAUGGAGCCCCACCAGCGCUGGACGGAGGCGGACGUCGGCGCUCGCGUCCUCCGGGGCGGGGGACGCUUGACCCUCACCGCCCAGUACUUGUGUCGGGAGCAGGGGCGCUCCGAAGGGGACCGAGUCCCGUUUCGCUGGUGGGGGAACAGACUGCGAGGGGAGCCCCACCUGGAAGCCCCUUCGCUGCUUUUGUACCUGGAGGAGGAGCGGGACGGGAUGGACUGGAUGAUGGGGCAGCUGUCGGGGGCCAAAGGGGGGGGAGACCUCGUCGGGCGGCUGAGCCGGUGGCACCCCCUCCUCCGCCGGCGCCGCAGCCCCGGAAGCUCCCCGCCCACUCCCGGACCCCCCUCCGUCCCCAAAGAGGUGAAACGCAAAAGCGGCGCACCCAAGAACCGCUGCAAGCUGCACUCCUUCCGGCUGUCCUUCAACAAGCUCAACUUGGGUCACUACAUCGCGCCGCCCGUCUACAACCCUCGCUUCUGUCAGGGCGACUGCCCCCGCGUGCUGACCUCCGGCUACCACUCCCCCAACCACGCCAUCAUCCAGACCAUCAUCAACGAGCUGGGGGUGGGCGACGUCCCCCCCCCUUCCUGCGUGCCCUACAAGUACAUGCCUAUGAGCGUUCUCGUGCUGCACAAGAAGAAGGUGGAGUACAAGGAACUGGAGGACAUGGUGGCCGAGUCGUGCACGUGCCGCUAGUCACGUAAAUGUACUCGGGGGGGCGGUUUGGACUCUGCGGUCACGCCGAGCGGAGACAGUCCACGGUUGGCCGUCACUUUGUGUGCAGCACUGAAAAUAAAUAUUGCUACCUUGCUCAAAGGCAUUCCACGCUCAAAACAUUGUAAAAGCAUGUCGUCUUCUCUGCCGCGCGCGUCUGCAGUCUUGUUUUUCCCAAUUUUUUUGUUUUUUUUUUUUGGGGGGGGCGGGAUUUACUCAACCCUUCUAUGACGCUCGGGGACAAAGAUGAUUUUAACGUGCCGGAUGUGAAGCUCGCGAAGGCCUCGUGUCACUUUCUUUGCAAUUUUUUUGUACCUAUUUAUAACUGGGGAGGGGGGAAGACAAAUGUUCACGAUUUUUUUUUUUUUUAUAUAUAAAGAGUGAAAAUGAAUAAUAAAAUA